UGAUGACUCUAUAAUAUAAAAAAAGAGAAGAUGUGGUAUGAAUUCCAAUGAAAUAACUCUCCACAUGAGACCAAAAUGACACAGACAAUAACAAAUAUAGGUCAUCAUACAGCCUUCAACAAUAAGCAAACCCCAUACCACAUAGUCAGCUAUCAAAGACCCUAUAAAUGACAAUGUAAAACAAUUCACAAGAGAAAACUGACGGCCUUAUUUAUGUAAAAAUUCAACGAAAAACAAAUAUGUUACACAUAAACAAACGUCAACCACGUAAUUGCAGGAUCCUGACUUGGGACAGGCACAUACAUACAUAAAGUGGCGGGGUAAAACAGUGUAGCGGGAUCCAAACCCUCCCUAAACCUGUAACGGUGGUAUAACAGUACAACAUAAGAACGAACUAUAAAAAUUGUUGAAAAAGGCUUAACUGAUCAGAUGUACAAACAUACAAGUGGACAUGACCGCGUACUUGUACAUCCCAACAACAAAGAGACACUAGAAACAGAUCUGAAAGUACUCACAGUUAACUGAUAGCUAUUUCAAAGCCACUAACAACUAAUAAAAAAAUCAUGCAUCUAAGACUAAAUCUAUAAGUAAACAUUACGCCGAUACACUAACAGCAGAAAUCGCAGGCAAGGCACAUUGUUUUGCGGAUUUAUUUACAAAUACUCAUCAUAAGUUAAUUCCAAAAAAGAGAAUUAUACAGAAAAACGAGAAAAACUGAUAAUAAACAACACCUCCUUAUAAAACAUUCCUUUUAUUAUAUUCACUCUUACCAUAUGUAUUCAUCAAUAGAAUCUACAAAAACAUCCGGUUUCUUAGGAAAGUAUAUAUUAUGAGCACUUUAGAUUUGUUUGCUCUUGACCCAUAUAGUUACUUUUGAUUUUUGUGUCUUAUGUUCUGAUGGUUUUAUUUCAUAUGAUUUUUUUUAUAUUUUGUUUUAAAACAAGGAGAAAACAUGAACAACGAUAAAAGAACUUUUUGGCUUUUAAUCAUGAUGUGGAUUAUGUUUAUGUAUGGUGCUACAAAUUUAUCGUGCAAUUACAGCUUAAACUUAAAGAAUCAACUUGUGGCUCAUUGUGAUAACAGAAGUUUUAUAUCUGUACCACGGAAUCUGAUCAAAAAUAUCCAAGUGCUGGAUCUCUCAUAUAAUUUGAUCACUAUUAUCAAAAACAACACAUUUAUAAACUAUACGAAAAUGGACAUUUUGAUUUUAAACAGUAACAAUAUAUCUAAAGUCCAUGAACAUGGUUUUGAAGGCUUACGUAAUUUACGGAUUUUGAGAAUGGAAAAUAAUGCUAUUAAUAUAUCUAAGCUUCCGUUAAGAGUAUUUCGUCCUCUUGGAAAUUUGAUGGUUCUUGAAAUAGGUAGGAAUGAAGAGCAAUGGAUGGAACAUGAAUCGUUUGUUUACCCAGACAAAGUAUUCUCUAACUUGAAAAGUUUACAAAAUUUAUCCAUCGACUUGUUUGAUCGACCUGAGUUCGGUUAUGGAUUUAAAUCACUCCACAAUCUAGUCGUUUUGAAUUUUAGGAGAUGUUACAUGAGAUUCGGCAAAUUAUCAAAUGAAACUUUCAGAAAUAUUUCUCCGAAACUAAGAGAGUUAUAUAUUACUGGUUGUCAUCAUUUUUUUCACAUAGACAAAGGAAUUCUUCAGUACUUUCCUGAAUUAAACAUUUUGGACUUGUCUCAUUCAUAUAUUCAUUUGUAUCAGGCACUGAGUAUACUUUAUCCAUAUCAAAACAAAAACAUGUCUGUAAUAAACUUUCACCAUAUAAGCGACAAGAGUAUUAAUAACGACAAGUUUCCGUAUUCUGUAAUAAUAACAAAAGAACUAAUGAGAUAUCUGAGAUCUAUCUGCAUAGAGGCUUUAGAUUUGUCAGUGACAGGCAUAGUAGAUGAUGAGUUUUAUUCAUUGUUUUCAUUCCAACAUCCUGAGUGCUUCAAAACAUUUAUCAUAUCUGCAAACAGAUUACCGUCAACGACUUUAGAACACUAUAUGCAAACAGUUGUUUUCUUAACAAGAGCUACGAAUCUUAAAACGUAUGAUAUGUCUUAUCUGCCUGCACAAUUUCUUAAUCCGUUAUAUCUUGAUGUGUAUCAUCCCGAAAAGUUCAUUGGAAGUCAUAAUCAGGAAAAACAACCUAUUUUUCAUAAAUCUUUUCAUAUAACUAUUAACUUACCGCCCUUACUAGAAUUUGUCCGCUUUACACAUAUGACAGUAGUGUCUGCGUCUGUGUCAUUCACAUGCAAUAAAGGAUCUCUAAGAUAUUUUGAUGUUUCAUAUAGUAUUUUUGAACAAUAUCCAAAUGUGUCAAAUGAAUGUGGAAAAGAACUUAUAUAUAUAGAUGUUUCUGGGUUAUCUUCAACAAUAAUGUUUCAGUCAAUUUCCUUGCCGAAACUAACUACAUUGAAAAUGACCCAUGCCAGCAUAGACAGGAGCAUAAUUGAAGGAAGACAAUGGAUGCUCGGGCACGCACCUAAACUCAAAAAUGUAGAUCUGUCUUUCAAUAACCUAUGGACUUUGUUAGAUACGACAUUAUUUAAUGAUAAGAAUAUAACCCAUUUUAAUUUGUCCAAUAACUUUUUCAGGAGAGUUCCUAGUACUGUGUCUAAACUCCGUCAUUUAGAAUCGUUAGAUCUGUCAAAUAAUUUGAUAACAUCUAUUGAUUAUACUAUACGAAAAUGGUUAGAUGAGAUUAUCGUGUCAUAUCAGAACUUGAGUUUGAAUUUGAAUAACAAUGCUUUAGUUUGUUCGUGCGAUACUGUUGAGUUUCUGUUAUGGUUUUCAAAAACAAAAGUAUCAUUUGUAAAUGGAAACAAAUACACUUGUACAAUGUCAAACAAUUCGCAAGUCAAUCUUAUUGAAGUUACCAAAGAUAUCAAUAAAUAUUUUGCUGACUGCCAAGCUACUUUAUGGCUUAGGAUUGGAAUUAUAUUUAUAUCGUGUACUUUUGGUGUUUCGGUACCAUUUUCGAUUUUAUAUUAUUACAGAUGGAAACUUAUUCUGUUUUUGUUUAGAACAUUUAGACGAGCCGUCGAGAGAGGUUUAUAUGUAAAUUAUGAAUAUGACGUAUAUAUUUCCUACGAAGAAAAAAGCAUAACAUGGAUAAAAGACCAUCUGCUUCCAAAAGCUGAAAAAGAAUGGGGAUUGAAAACAUUCGUACAUGAUCGUGACCUUAUACCCGGAGAACUCACAUCAGAUUCUAAAGCACUUUCAAUUCACCAAAGUAGACAUGUUAUUUUUAUUAUUACGGAACGAUUUUGUGAAUACGAAUGGGGGUCCUUUGAAAUCGAAAGAGCCAAAUAUGAGAAAUACACACAAAAUCUUAUGAAAAUUAUAGUAAUUUUACAAAAUGUGCAUGUCAAUGAUAUUCCAGAACAACUCGUGAACAUAUCAAAUGAUGUUAUCUUCAUUAAAUGGGAUGAACCCGAAACUGAAAUUCCAGAAAAUCAAUCUAGGUGGGUCAAACUAAAGACAUUGCUUUUUCUUAAUUAAAAAAAUUAUGCACAGCUUAUUAGAAAAUCGGAUGAAUUAUGUCAAGUAUAUUUCAUUUACCAUUUAGAUAUAUUUUUCUUUCUUUUGUACAGUCGGUUAAAGAUAUACACUGAAAUAAGCGAUGUAUGUUUAUAUAUUUUUUGGAACAGAUUUUAAAUAAAUGGGUACCAUCACAAUUCAAUGUGGUAACUAUAAGUCGUACUUAAUAUCGGAGAAAAUAUGAAUAAUUGAAUAAUUAAUAAUUGAAUGGGGUUUUUUUGUACGUUUUUGUGGCAAAAAUAAAGAACGAAACAUUGAUAUAUUUUUAAUACAAAAAAUUGUGCGUAAAACCCUGUUAAGAUGAUAUGGGUGUCUUCCUCCAUCUUGGAUUUUAAAAAACAGAGAACCAAAGGUCCAUAUUUUCUAUAAAGUAAGCAAAAUAUGAUGCAGGAAUGCAGAUAUUUAAUGUGAAUUUUCAUUUAAAAGAACAAAUUUAUAAGAAUACAACUUACAAAUUUUGAUAUUUUUGUUAAUGUAAAUUAGUUUUUGG